AUGUUCAUGCUCAUUCGAGAGCCGUCCGCUGGAGGAGGCAGUUCAGGAGCGAUGAGUGCGCCAUCGGAGAAGAGUGCAAAACAGGUGCUUCCUCAACCCUCUGCCACCCCUCAGGUGCAGGCCGCCAUCAAGAAGAAGCUGGAAAAGCAGAAGAAGCGAAGCAACGUGCAGGGAGGAGGUGAUGGAGACGCUCAAACUGCGACACCUCAGCCUCCUCGCCACCGGAAAUCCAGUCAGUUCCCCCGGAUGAUGGCGGCGGCGGCGGCGGCGGCAUCUGAGGACAGGGAGACGCUGGAGGAGGAGCUGGAUGAGAUGAUGGAGAGACCACAGAGGGGAGAGAGGGAGAAAGAGGAGGAGGGGGAGCCUGUCGACCUGCUGCCCAUCGUGGACUCUGUGUUUGGACAGGACAGAGAGCUGAGACCAGAGGAGCUUGACGAGCUCCGCGAGGCAUUUGUGGAGUUUGAUAGGAACAAAAAAGGCUACAUCAGUCACAAAGACCUGGGGGAGUGUAUGAGGACCAUGGGAUACAUGCCGACAGAGAUGGAGCUCAUCGAACUGAGCCAGCAGAUCUGUGGAGGUAAAGUUGACUUUGAGGACUUUGUGGAGCUGAUGGGACCCAAGAUGCUGGCAGAGACAGCUGACAUGAUUGGAGUCAAAGAACUACGGGAUGCAUUCAAAGAGUUUGACUCUAAUGGUGACGGUCAGAUCAGUCUAACUGAGCUCCGUGAAGCCAUGAAGAAGCUGAUGGGAGAACAAGUGACCAAUAGAGAGAUCAACGAGAUCCUCCGAGAUGUCGACCUCAACGGAGACGGUCUGGUGGACUUUGAGGAGUUUGUGCGAAUGAUGUCCCGCUGACCAUCAUGUCGGAUUGAGAUGGACAGACAGACAUUAUGCAUCUUCUGGAUUAGAGAACAAACACAUUGCAGUGAACACCUUUCAUCUGCUCGUAAGAGCACACGUCUGAAAUUGUAUUUUUGUAUCAAAUAAAGAAAAAAGGAGAAAAAAUGCUUUGAAUAGACAAAUACGCAACGAUAAAGCUCUUCAACAGCAGUAAAACAUAUCAAAAGCUGCUGCAUAGACAACAUUUAUGACUUUGUGUUUUUAGAUGUAUUUUUAUAUAUCAUUCUUUGAACUUUGAGUGUAAAAUCUUGUUUGUAGAACUGUAAAAAUCUUUUUUUUUAAUUAAAAGAAAUGUACAA